GGAUACUUGGAGGCAUGUUUUGAUUGGCCUUGAAAAUUUUUAGUAUCUUGUUGUUGCAGGGUGGAUACAAGGAUAUGUUAAAACUAGCUUAUCACUUUUCUGCCUUUAAUCAACGCUUAAAAUAUGCGCAUUUUCGUCCACAUGUUUCCGUGAAAUCUGAUCCUCGUUCUUGGUGGAAGUAUGCUUAUAGAGCUGUAUCUGACCAAGUGAAGAAGGGAAGAUUGAAUCAAAAGAUUGUACUGAGUAUUUUGUGUCUUGGAAAGGAGCUAUAUAUAGAUACUGCAAGUCAUGUUUUUGUUGUCUUUGCUUCAACUACUAAUCAGGGAAUACAUUUAUUUCCAAGAAAGUUGACAACAAGAAGAAAAAGAAACUUAAGAAGGUGGAAGAUAAGAUGCUUGGAUGGGCUACAUGAUUUUGAUACGUGCAUUGCAAAAAAUGAAGAAGCUAUUCAAAUUGAUCCUCACUUUGUUGAGUGUUAUGGAAACAUGGCAAAUGCUUGGAAGGAGAAGGGCAACAUUGAUGUUGCAAUCCGCUACUAUUUAAUUGCUAUCGAGGUUUGUUACAGCCAUCAAUCUAGUCCAUAAGUGGGG